AUGGCUUCUUCCUUCUGUGGUAACACCGCAGAUUGCUCGUCGAAAAGUGAACCUGUUUUGGCUAAUCAGGAUGCCAACGAUACGCUUGUAACGUCGUCAGAUCCUCGUCAUCCUGCUAACCUAAUUUGUUCGCUAUGCAAGCUCUUCUACUACAACAACUGGGUGACCGGAACGGGAGGUGGGAUUUCUAUCAAACAUCCAGAAACGGGCCAUAUCUAUAUUGCACCUUCGGGCGUGCAAAAGGAACAAUUGAAGCCGGAACACAUGUUUGUCAUGGACCCUGUGUCUAAGGGCUAUUUACGCACUCCGCAGCUAUACAAGCCCAGUGCAUGCACACCAUUGUUCAUGUCUUGUUACUCACAGAGAGAUGCAGGUGCAGUGAUCCACACACAUUCACAACACGCGGUGAUGUGCUCUUUGAUUUUCGACAAAGAGUUUCGUAUCGCGAAUAUAGAGCAGAUCAAGGCCAUUCCAAGCGGCCAGAAAGACUCAGUAACUGGUAAGGACAUCAAUCUCUCGUUUUUCGAUACCCUGGUGAUCCCAAUCAUAGACAACACCGCCCACGAAGAAGAUUUGACGGAAGGCUUGCAAGAAGCACUUGAUAGGUACCCUGCAGCCACAGCAGUCAUUGUGAGAAGGCAUGGAAUAUACGUGUGGGGUCCUAGCGUCGACAAGGCCAAAGUUUUCAACGAGGCGAUCGAUUAUUUGAUGGAGGUGGCAUGCAAAAUGCGCCAAUUGGGGAUUCCACCGGACUGCAGCAUUGGCGAGGAAAAAAAGUACCUAAAAUAA